AUGGUUUCUUCCGUCUCGAGUGACAACUCCUCAACCUUGGCGUCUCCGGUGGCCCAUGAAUUUCGGGCGUCGACGGGGUUCAUUACGUUUGUGGUGACCCUCGCUGCGUUUACGGAUAGCUUCCUUUACGGCCUGAUUGUACCGGUAACUCCCACAGCACUGGAACAACGAGUUGGAAUUGCCCCAGAAGAUGUGCAGCGGUGGGUGGCAAUAUUGCUGGCGCUUGAUGGACUUGCCUGGCUGAUGACAAGUCCGAUUACUGGGUACCUAGCUGAUCGCGUUCAAUCCCGCCAAUCUGUGCUUCUCGCCGGACUGCCGGCCCUCGUUGUAUCCACUGGCUUGCUCUGGGUGGGCAACUCGGUGAUGCUCUGGGCUCUGGGGCGAAUCCUGCAGGGAGCAUCCGCGGCGGUCACCUGGACAGUUGGGUUGGCUCUCCUCACGGAUACCGUGGAUAAAGAGCGCCUGGGAGAGUCCCUCGGAUACAUGUCUAUGGGGACGAUGGCAGGAACGACUGCCGGCCCACUUCUGGGAGGGAUCAUCUACCAGCUGGGCGGUUACCAUGCUGUCUUUGGGGCGGUGAUUGCCCUCAUCGCGGUGGAUGCUAUCCUUCGGCUAGCGAUGGUUGAGAAGCGCGAGACAGGGACGCACAAGGACCGAUCCGGCGAUGAUGAGCAGCGCCAGGCCAGGGCCGAGGCGUCGGACUCGGACCCACUGUUACGAGGUGCAGGAUCGUCUUCCUCCAACUAUGGGGCUUUGAGAUCUCCAGCUGUGGACGAUGGCGAGGACUUCGACCCCCCUCCCCAGCGCGCAGCAAUGCUUGUCCUGCUCUCCACUCCUAAGAUUCUGCUCAGCUUGUGGGCAUACCUCGCCGUCUCCAUGACCUUCACAUCCUUGGACAGCGUGGGGCAGGGCCUGGUCUUCCUUCCCCUCUCGAUCACCCAGAUCAUCGAUCCUCUUGUUGGGCGUAUCUGCGACAAGUACCCGAGAGCCCGGCGCGGCAUUGCAUCCGCUGCAUUCCUCUGCGCUGCGGGCGCAUGCAAUGCCCUCCGCAUUGUCACCCAUGACUCGUCAGCGCAAAAGGUCGCCCUUUGCGUCCUUUUGGCGGCUCUCGGUGUGUCCCUUUCCUUUGCAGUCUCUCCCAUUCUAUUGAGCAUCGAUGAGACCCUGGACGCUAUCGAGCAGAAAGACCCGGGGAGCUUGGGAGCGGGAGGCGCAGUUGCGCAGGCGUACGGCUUGGUCAACUGUGCGUUCGCCGGCGGUGCGCUGGUUGGGCCCAUGCUUGGGGGACUGGUGAGGUCCAUGGCUGGAUGGGGGACUUUGGGGGGUGUUGUUGGACUGAUCCACGCGGUCACAGCGGUGGGGCUGUGGGUGCUAGACCAGGACCAGCAGGUGGUAGUAGUAGUAGUAGUGAUAUUUAACGCCCCGGGGAUCGCUAGGCGUACGCCUAUUGUUCCGGACCUUCCUUAG